AUGCUCAAGACGCUUCUCUUCCUCGGCCUCUCGGUGGCCACCUCAUUUGCAUAUGAGGAUACGCUUGUAUACGCGGACAUGACCCCCGCCAAUCCCGUCCUCUUCAAGCGCCAAACCGUCCCUUGCAGCGAUAUUGGCAGGAAGAACUGCGGCGACGGCUGCAUCCUGAUCUCCUACACUUGCUGCCCCGACGGUGCCGGCGGGUGUCCCACGGCCUCGACAUACUGCCAGGUGGGCAGCAACGGCCAGUACGGCUGCUGUGCCCGCGGGAAGACGUGCGUCGGAGACGGCGGCACCAAAACCGAUACCAUCCCCGGCGGCAUCGUCUUCACCACCAGUACGACCACGCUGAGGUUCACGGAUGGACCGAGUGUCAUCGAGUCCACGUCCACGGCCACGUCGACUUCGACCAUCUCCGUUGACGUCCCUGAGGUCUCCACGGUGACACCUGAGGACACUACCACGAGCACCUCCACGAAGACAUCGGCCUCGGCGUUGACCUCUGAUGUGUCCGAGGAGGCGACAACUACCUUCGCGGCCCCGACCUCGACGCCGACGAGCAUCCAGACUCCGCCAGUAACCGUCAACGCUGCCUUGAACUACGGAGCUUCGGCUGUGCAGGCUGCUGCCGCUGCGUUGAUGGCGCUACUUGCGAUUUGA